AUGAAUUUGAAGUUGCUGCGUAAAGCGGAGUUAUUACAGCUUGCAAAGGAGUUGCGUUCGGAUGUUUCUGACGCACUCCGGAAACCAGAAUUGAUCGAGGCUAUUAGUGCUCUGGAGGCUGAGGAAGAUGAGCUGACGGAAUGCCUUGAGAUAAUUCGAGAAAGGGAAGCCGCAAAAAGACAGGCAGAGGAGCGUAGAGAACAGCAAGAGAAAGAGCAGCGCGAGGAACGCAAUCACGCGCUCGAGUUAAAGCGACUCGAGGUUGAAAUAGAGCGCGUGCGAACGGCAGGGCAGAGAAGCGAGGCAAACAGUGCAGGGGUGCACAUAUCGCUCAAAAUGACAGAACUAAUUCGCCCUUAUAAACUCGGAGAGGACAUUGGGUUGUUCUUGGUGAACUUUGAGCGGACGUGUGAGAAGCAGGGGUUCUCCCGUGAGUCGUGGCCACAGCGCUUGCUCACACUCUUACCUGGCGAGGCAGCAGAAGUAAUCGCUCGUUUAUCCACUGAGGAGGUCGACGAUUACGAUAAAGUAAAAUCCAGUUUGCUUAGGAAGUACAGGCUGUCCGCGGAGGCAUUCCGGCGGAAAUUCCGUGAAUUGAAGAAAGGAAGGAGUGAGUCAUAUACUGAAUUUGCCUAUAAACUGAAAUCAAACAUGGUGGAAUGGCUAAAGGAGGAGAAGGCCUACGGUGACCACGCAAAGGUUAUUGAGUGUUUUUUACUAGAGCAAUUCUACAACCGGUUACCAGAGAACAUUAGGCAUUGGGUGCAAGACAGGCCAGAUGUUAGCUCUGUAGCCAGAGCCGCAGAGCUAGCAGAGGAAUUCGUCACAUGUCGGGCUCGCAAAGGCAGUGACAGUGGUCGAAAAGGGGGUCCCGAUUUUAGGUUCAAGCCAAAGAGAGGGCCUAUGGGUGGACAAGGCACAGGCCUCCCGGUGCAGGAAGUCUACCAGCACCUUGUUGCCAAGCCGGCUGGGGUGGACACCAUCCCUGCUCAGGAAUCCAGGCCACAAGACUAUCCAGGAUAG